AUGGUGGCUUUUUAUCACUUGGUGUGCAGUGGGCACAGAGUGCAGGGAAAGACCUGCAAUUGUUUCAUUCCUUGUUCUCGGGUUUCCUGGCUCAGGUGGAGACUGACUGGAAAGGUUGGGUACAGUGUUGCCCUCACAUGGGGCGAUGAUGGAUGCGUCCUUCAUCCUGCGCUGUUCCUAGACCAUGAAGAGUCUGCACAUUACAAGCAUUUACUGCGACCGGGACUGAUGCACAGUAUGGAGGGGAGCAGAGACCUAAUGCCCCCCACAGAAAGAAGACCCACUGAGAGAUCUAAAGCGCCCUCGCGAAUCUUCUGGGGUUUCCUGGCCGCAGCGUUGCUCUUCUCUAUUGUGGGAAUCUGUGUUGUUGGUAUCCUGGGCUGGAAGGACAAUAAAACAAAGGUUGUUCGCCUGACGUAUAAAAAUCCGCAGGGAUCCCCAGUGAACCAAUCUGCUGUCACCGACAAGAGAAGGAGUACAGUUACCUACAGAGUUACCUCCAGGAACCAGACCUCAGUCGUACUGUUUGACAGUAAACAUGGGCUGGUUUGCUACAAGGCUGCGGGAGAGCGGUCCUGCUUCCUGCGAAAGAUGGAAUCGCGAGACUUUGAAAACAUACAGUCCAUUUUAAAUGUUUCAGAACCCAAGGAUGAGCUAAUUCUCCUACAGAACAACAGGACACGUUACUAUAGAGAGUUUCUGGGAGUCAUGGGAGGUCGGAAAGUCAGCCACGAGCUUCUGGGAGAACCGGUGCAAAAAAUGUGUGAACAUCUUCCUAUCUACUGGGCUAAGAAGGGUGAGGGCCCAGCACGGCAGCGUCUGAUUUACCUCUGCAUUGACAUCUGCUUUCCAAACAACAUCUGUGUGUCUGUCUGUUUUUACUACCUGCCUGACUGAAGCCUCCUUCACAGGGAUCCUGGCGCCUCACUAACUCCGCUCUGCUUUGGGGCAGGCAUUGCACACUACUGGAGAAAAUAACUGGGUUUAAAAUAAGUGUUGAAUUGAAUAUUUGACUGCCUCUCCUCCUGGAAAAAUUAAGUUGCUCCUCAAACACUAUCAGAUUACCAGCAGUCAAUGUACGAUCAGAUUAAUAGCAUUGGUCAAUAAUUGUACUAUAAUAAUAAAAACAGAGUAUUGAAGGGUUUCCAGUAUUGUGGGGUUGGAGAGAAUUAUUGGUGGUGCUUGUAUAGGCUAUAAUAAAUUGCCGCUUUCCCCACAAGUCUCCCAUAUAGUUUUGCAUUUUUUAAAAGGAGGAAGGGUAAAUGGGUAUCAAUGAAUACAAUAAAUCAUAUUGAUG